GCGGAAUCUAAUCUAUGGAAGAAAGGGAGAAAAGCCAGUCGGACCAGCAUAGGCUGGAGUGGAAAGACGGACAAGGCGCGGUAGGGUACCUGCACUGUACGAGUACGGUACUCGAGCACGGUACCGGUACAGUACAACCGGUGAAAAGAUCACCCAUUGGCCCCUUUCGCCCACCAUGACAGGGUCUAAACUCCACUCGACGACCUCGCAUCAGACCCAUCGUGGCGAGAACCAGACCGUAACCUACGACACAACUCCUAGCUUCUUGCACUGUACCUUAAGGGAUUGCCAAAGUGCGGACAAGACGAGUCAGGAGGGCGGAUAGCAGGCCCCCUGUCUGCCCCGGACGACGGCUCUCACUCUCGCCUAGGCCCGCCGUUAGGGGUAACGCUUUAGUCAAGCUCAACAAAAAUGCAUGCCAUCAUUACCGACCCUUUAACUUACCCUUGGCUCGCCUUUUUUUUUUCUGCCUUGCCCUGUCUUCCACGGCAAGUUACUGUGGAUGGUUUGGGGUGGUGGGCACUAUAGCGUGCUAAUUACGUUUUUGCAGGAACGCAUCGUGACUUACGGAGUAAAGAUUCGUCGACUCGUCGGUCAUAAGUCCAAUGCACCGUGCUAGGGGGAAAGUUGGUAGGGAGGAAAGGGAGGGACUUGUGGCUUGUGCUCGAUUAUCUCUCCACAUACCAACCUAUUCAUACUUUCUCAUACUGCUCUUCUACACCCCAUGCAUCGAUAGAUAUCCACGCCGUAAUGCCAUCAAUCGAAGAUCUCCCCUUCGAGAUACUCUCGGACAUUCUCUCCAUCGCAGCCCAGUUAAACUCCACCGACACCCCCAGCUAUACUUAUGGCCUUACGCAGGCGCAGAGGACUUUGCAGAGGACGCAGACACAGAUAUACCUCCGUGGACGAACAACCCCAGAUGUGCUGCGUUGGCACCUGGUCAACAGCUUCCGCCUUGUGAAUUCAAGAUGGCACGAGUGGGCGUUGGGAUAUGCCAUGAGGGAGAUAUACGUCCGGAAGUGGAGGGGUGGUGAACGCUGGCUAUACAAAAGUACCGAAGAGCAAACCCGAAGUUCUGCCGCCGCCGGUGUAUUCCCGGUAGUCUAUCAACACCCGUACUCUUCCGUCAAGUCCACCAUAUCCCUCCUCCGCGACUACCCGCACAUCGCGCAGCACGUCCGCAGAGUCUGGUUCAAUGGGAUCUAUCAUUUCGACACGAGUAGAUACAUAUUCGAUAUACUCGGAAAUUGUACCGGCCUACACACAGCCGCGAUUCCAUGGACUUCCUUGCGUUACGGGACGGAGGAGGACUGGAAGAACUUGAUGUCGUUUCCUCAAUUGACGAGUAUCGAGUUCUUGGCGGUGGAUCUGGAGGACUCGCUUGUUUCUGCUGAGGUUAACCGCACAGAUAAUAACAUCCUUUUGUCGCUGGACUUCUCACGGAUCACAAGGUUAAAGAUAUUCGGGGACUCGAACCUUUUGCCCAUUACCGACGACGACCUAAUCACUAUUUCCCGUACCGCGACGUCCCUACAGGAAAUCCACAUUACUAGCUCUACCUCAAUCACUAUCAAGGGCCUUGCAGCGUUGGUCUCAGCGUCGCGCACAUCCCUAAAGCUCCUGGAAUACAAACCCCUGUCUGACUCGGGCUUCACUCACCCUUCCUCCGUCGAAUCCCACCCGCAAAUCCACAUUUGCACACUUUUAUCUUCCUGCCCCAAACUCGAAGACCUGGCCAUUACUCUCCCAACCGCGUGUCCGGAACUGUUCUCGCGUCACUCUGUCGCCUGGCACGAAACGGUCCGUCUGCGCAUCGCCGGAAGCGGCGUAUGUCGUUUCUCAACGGUCGACGAGAACAUUGCGGAGUUCAGUAAGCUUCUUGAAGGCGCACGGGAGCUUCUCGGCGUGAAGAGGGAUCUUGGCGUAGAAAUUUCCGUGGGGAAGUUUCUAUUCGACACAAAGACUCGCCUAGUUCACGGGAAUUAUAAAAGUGCAAAGGUGGUUAGCGAGAUGGGGUGGGGACCCGUGGAGCAUGUCUCGCUCAAGGGACCGUAUGGUGCUACGGGGUUGUAUGGGGAUGACGAUGUCAAGGGGGAGUGGAGCGCCAUUUCCGAAGAGGAGUUUUGGGAGGGGAUGAGGUGGGGAUUUGUCAAGUUCGAUAGCUAAUCUAGUCUGAGCCCGUCUGUAUGGGUAGGAAAAGAGAUGCUGAUUACAAUUGGAAUUGGAAACGGAACUGGAAAAAGUGGGCAUCUUUGUUACUUUUUUGCUAUUAUGCCGGAUUAUCAUUGUCUGCUGCGGCGUUUGGUAGCCAUCGUGGUCUCCCCUGUUUUUCUGUCUGUAGAAUUAAUUAUUUAGUGCACAACCUCGCACUAGGAGCUUUUCUUCUUUCACAAGCGCCUCAUGGAACGAGGGGACAAGUCUUGAAUGAAGUUUCCCUUUUUGUAUACUAGUAUCAUACCGGUGCUCUCUAGGGUGUGUAAUGAAAUGACAAAUGCAACGAUCCGGAGGAUCUGGCCAUGUGUUGCACCUCCUG